GAGGGGGGGGGGGCCGAGCUGCGGGGGGGCCGCGCCGGGGCGGCCGGUGCCAGGGGGACCGCGCGCCGGGACUCCCCCUGCGUCACCUGGGAUUCCCUCGCGCUGUGACGCGCGCCGGGGCCGCGCCCCUGGCCCGGUGACGUCAGUGGCGCCACGUGUCUCCCCGCGAGGGGCGGGGCGAAAGCGUUCCUCGGCGCCGAUUGGUCACCGUGCCGGCAAGCGGACACGCCCCCGGCGCCCAUUGGUCUCCUCAGCGGAGCGGACCCGCCCCGCCCCACCGAUUGGCCCCUGCGGCAGAAGGCGGGCGCGGAUUGGCGGCGCGGGUGAAUGAACGGGACUCCGGGGCGGUGGCGGCGGGACCCCGGGGCGGUGGCGGGCUGUCCUGCUCCAGCCACAUCUGUGCGUAGGGGAGGCGGCGGGAAAGCGGGUCAGGGCGGGGCGGGCCGGGCCCGGCCCGGACCUGCGUGCGCGGCCCAAGCCGGGUGCCUCCCGCGUUCCCCGCCCGCGCGGUUGGCCGCCUGCCCGGCGCCCCGGCCCGCCCUUCCGUGGGUUGGGCGGCGGGAGCGGAGCACGACGCAGUCUCUCCGGUGGCCGUAGUGUACGGGGGGAACCAUGGGCACGCCGGCCUCCGUGGUGAGCGACCCUCCGGGGCGGGCGGCGCCCGUCUCCCGCGGCCGCAAGCGGGCCUCGGCCAACAUUUUCCACGGCCUGGGGCUGCCCGAGCUGCGGAGCCUCUUCCGGAGCGGCGGCGCCGAGCGGCCCGAGGAGCGCGCCCGCCUCGUCUGGCGCUACGGGGGGCAGCGGCGCAUGGCGCGGGCGCUGCGGCGACUCCGGCGGCGGCGCCCGGCCCGGCCCGGCCCCGCGCUGGCGGCACUGCGGAGCUUCGGCCGCCUCCGGAUCACGGAGGAAGAAGCGGAGGGCGGCGCCGAGGUGCCCUCGGGCUCCGUGGAACAGAGCCGGGCGGCGGGGACGUGGAAAGGCGGGGCUGCCGCGGGACAGCCGGGCUCUCCGAGGACACUGAGUGUACCGGGCGGGGGGCAAUUGUGAAUAAAAGGUGGAGAGCAGCGGCUGCGUGAGGCUCCGGCUGCGUCCUGCCCGUCCCGGCAGGACCUCGGCC